CGUGCCGUGCCGUGCCGUGCGUCCCCCAAUUCCCGUUCCCAAAAAUAUCCUCCCCACCGCCACCGCCACCGCCACCGGAUAUUCCACCCCGUCCCGGGAGCCAAGCCGAGGCAAAGGCGCCGCAGCGAAUGGCUCCGCCCGCCGCCGGCAGGCCCUCGGCCUCCGCCGCGCCGGAGCCUCCCCUGCGGGAGGCCGCCAAGCGCCGGCGCGCCCCCGCGUGCGCCGGUGCCGGGGCCCGCAUCCUUUCCCUGGGCGUGCGGGGCGCCGUGAUGGUCGCCGCGCUGGUGCUCUUCCUACUCUUCGCCGCCGCCGCGGUCAUCCUCAUGCUCGCGCUCCUCGUCGCCGCGCGCGGCUUCCGCCAGCAGGGCCGCCGCCGGCACCGCGCCUCGCCCGACUCCUCCACUCCGCCGCCGCCCCCCGCCGUCGGCCUCCCGUCCGCCAAAAUCCGCCUCCUGCCCAGCUUCGUGCCCUGCCCGUGCGACGGCGGCGGCGACGGCUCCUCCUCCUCGCCGCGGAUCUGCCCCGUCUGCCUCGACGCCGCGCGCGCCGGGGAGCGGUGGCGCGCGCUGCCCGCCUGCGGCCACGCGUUCCACGCGGCCUGCGUCGACCGGUGGCUCCUCUUGUCGCCCGGGUGCCCCGUCUGCCGCGCCACGGUGUCCGUCCCCGUCAGCUGAUCGCGAGCUCCAGGCACGGGACAUCAUCAAGAAGUUGCACCGCGCCCCCGUGGUGGCCGCCCGCGACCGCCAGGGCUGUAAAGGUUCGGUUCCCGUCAGCUGUUCGAAGAAAAGCCUCCCCGCCUUGCUCUGUAGUCGUAGCCGUAGGCUUUGUGUGGAUCUUUCUGCUGUUGUAAAGCGAGAGGCAGGGAGACGAUGCAUAAAACAAGUUUCUCCUUAAGGAGAACUUUGCAAUGUCAACUACUUUAUCUAUUUUCAUCUCAGUAUUGUGUAGUUCAUCCAAGUUGCUCGUGGUACCAAUUGUGAAUUGUGAUCGUAUGAUA